AGCAGAGGAAGUUUCCGCACAUCAAAGCAACAGGAAAGCAAAGCCAUAACGAAAGAUAGAAAUUGAAAUACUUUGUCAGACAUACUAAGGACUGAGCAAAUCAGAACAAGACCAUGCAGAUGAUGAAUUCCAUCGAUCCAAGAAAUUGACGCCCACACCAGUUCAAUAACACCAUUUUCCAUUUUUAAUUUUUCAACUUUUUGUUAUUUUUGAGGGAUAGUAUCACUUCUUCUGCUCCAGGGCCUCUACAAAGGCCACAACAUUGAGAGCUUCCAGGGAUCUCACUAGUGAUUGAGGAGAAGUUACCUUGGAGUUGACUCUUUUGAACGUCCACCUUACACUGAUAUAGAUAAAUGGCACUCUUGUAGUUGCCUGCUGACCUACCACCUUACCAACAAUAUUCAGCACGCCAUCUCCAUGUCUAACUGCAGCAUCCUCCUUCCUGACUACCCCAGCCCUACAUAACCUUCUGGAGGGUGAUAAGAUCAUGUCCCAUCCCAUGGAUAACACCCAUACCUCUGGGAACCAAAGUUCCAACCAGGGGCAGUAUGGACUAUCGGAUGUACAUGCAAGUGGGGACCCUAACAGGUCUAUGACUCUGGCUGACUCUCAGGACAGUCAUUUUACUAGCACGCCUAGAGAUGAGUUUCAUUCAUCAAUCACUGAAACAAGCAAUCCGGUGUCUUCACUCUCUCAAAGACUCUCUGAUGUUGAUAGCGGCAUGGACUGGUUGCCAAACUACAAAAGUGAAAUUGAGGAUUCUUCUUCUAAAUUCCAUGCAUCACCGGCUUCUUAUAGAAAUAAAAGCAGUCAUGACAGUAGAUUUGCUGCUCUCAGUGAAGGAGAAUGUCAUAUCCAAUCCAUUCCAGGUUUAGGUGAUUAUGACUCUCAACUGCCUGACAAACCUGUGGCUGUGGCAGAGUCCAGGUACCCUCAGUACACAUCAGAAGAAGCUGCUAACAUCCUUUUGCAGCUUGGACUUGAAAAAGAAGACUUGGAAUAUCUGAUUUCUUACCCCAAAGACCAGAUCACCCCUAGUAACCUGCCUUUCGUCUUACAACAAAUACGCAAUCAAAGGGGUACAAAUGCAGUUCAAUCAGAACCAAAUCCAGAUCUUCAGCCAACCACCAGUAUGAGUAGAAGGGACAGGUUAAAUACAAAAAGAGGAGAAGAGAUGUGGCAGGAUGAAAUGUCACCUACUAUUCAACCAAGUAAAGUGAUUGACUCUGGACACACUGCCAAAUAUACUGUAGAUGAGAUUGGGAAGAGCAGUGACAAGAGAGCUAGCAAUGGUGGGAGUAGAAGUAUGUUGUUGAUGGACUGUUAUGAGAGUAGCAGCCACAAUAGAGAACCACUCCCAAAAAGUAUAAUAGAAGGGAAAACCAGUGCGAUGGUUUCACCAUGUGACCUGCAGGAUACUGUUUCCAGUCUGAGCUCAGUCCAAGUCUGUGUGACUUCUCAAGGCAGUAAUGUAGCUCAACAGAUCCAACCAAGCCGGUCUUCUCGAGAAAUCAUCAGCUCUUUUUCUCCACCGAAGAAGGACACAGACUCAAGAUUUCCUAAGAUAUCUGAGGUCUCUAGGCUAGUUCUCUUUAAAGAACCAGAGACAUAUCAGCAGUCAGCCUUAAAAACUCAGCCACCUCUCAGUGUGGUCUGUGUUGUGCAUCCCGAUAAUGAUUACAUUCACACCAAGGAAGAGAGUACAACUCAAGAACAAGACUCUAAGGUUGCUGAACCGAUGAACAAGAAGCAGCAUAAGUGGACACAACAACAGCUAAGAAGGCAGAGUAAACUGAUCAUGAAUGCUGCUGCAAAACCAGUUUCUCUACUUUCUUCCCCCCGAAGUACCAUAACUAUUCCAUCUUCCAAUAAGCAGUGCUUGGCAAACAGGGAGCUUUCAAAGGCUCUCCCAACAAGGGCCAUGAAGCAAGACUAUGCUGCAGCCACACCAAAAAUCUUUCCACAUACCUGUUCUCUGUGUUUACAACGAUGUGCUCAUAUGAAGGAUUGGAUCUCACACCAGAAUACCAGCAUUCAUACUGAAAACUGCAAACUCCUCCAGAUACAUGAUGUAGGCACAGAAAACAAUCCCACGCCCUCCACAUCUGCUGUAACUUCCCAGCAUCGUCAUCAGAAAACCAGACAUGAGAGUUCUCGCUCUCGCUCACACAGCCCACGCCAAAGGCAUGGCUCAAAUGGAAGAAGGGCUAGCCCUAGUAGCUAUUCUCCUUCUCAUUCACACAGCCCUCACAAACACCACCACAGCUCUGAGGGUAGAAGAGAGAAAAUCAAGUGUGGAUCACGAUCCCCACACAGCUCCAGACAUACUCACAGCUCACCACAUUAUAAAAACCCCAACUCCUACCGUCAUCAGUCAGACCUGAGGAGCCAUGAGCAAUGGUCUGACCCGAGAAGAAGAGAUGAGAAACUUAGCAGAGGCCUUAAAAGACAGCCAUCAAUGGAGAGGUCAUCCCCUCAACCAAAGAAAUUGAAAAGUACAAUGAAGCUGCAGGACACUCCAGAUGUUCAGUCUUUGCCCGAACAGCCUGACUUGGAGAUGGUGGUGAAAAAUUUGGCUCCUGUCUUACUGGAUGAGCCAUUAUCAACUGCUGCCCCUUCAUUGUCAUCCUGCCGUCCAGCAAGGAGGGAAUUGACUUCCAAAACCCCCGAAGCUAAACCUAUCUUCCAGAAGAGAUGGGCAAUUUUCUCUGCAAAACCUAAGUGUGAUAAACCUUUACCUCCAACCAUGGUGAAGCUGGAAGGGAUUUAUGAUUCAAUUUCAUACAAUGAUGUGGUUGCUGCUGUGGGUUUUUUUGGAAAAACCAAGUCAGUUAUAUUGUUUAGGUCCAAACUGCAGGCACUCGCGUGUUUUGAGAGGGAGGAAGAUGCUGAAAAAUUGAGAAAAAUGAAGAAACUCAGUGUGAAAGGAGUGCAAGUCGCUGUUGUGAAAGGAAAGGAUGCUGUUUCUAAGAGACCUCUUCUAACUUGUACAACAGAGCAAAGGAAGUGCCCUCAGCAUGAAUCUUCCAAGUUUGGUAUUAUUGCACCUCAAACCACUGAAUCCACUUCCACAGAAAGGAUUACCUCUCUGUUGGUCUCAUUUUUUGUAAAAAAAAUGAAAACAGCAAAAAACAGUAAUGUGCCUGCAAUAAGACGAGUGGAGUUGGUUGAGGCAAAAGAAGCAGCUUCAAAACCUCCAUUCAGAAGUUCAGUUCUGCUUCACAAUGGUGGCUCUGAAAAAACAGUUGAGUCCAGUGAAUGUGAAACCAGUGCUAUUGAAUCUGUGGUUGCACCCAUUGAAUCAGGCCAGGUGGAAACAUUUACAAACACGAACGUUACUGAACCAAAUAAAGUCACAGAAACCAUCUCUCAGCUAAGCUGGUGCUCAGUGGUGACUUCUGAAGCAGAAACAGGCUCGAUUACAGCAGCCCAAGAAUCUGCAGUGGUAUCUGACGACAAAGACGAGGUUGGUGCAACAACAAGUUUAACAUCCAAUGAGAUGAUGCAGCAGGAGGAUUUCACCAAAGCCAAUGUUGAGGCAAAAGACACAGAACCACUGAAGUCUGGAAAUACAGGAGACUCCACUGUUACCUCCCUGACUGUUGGGGAGAAGCUGGACGAAAUGUACACAAAGUUCACUUCAGGUUGUUCAAGUUUUAGGAAAGCACUAAGACCAAAUUUUACAAAUAAAGUGUUGUUAAUCACCUACCUGCCAAAAUAUGAUGAAUAUGCUGACUGCUACACAGAAGAGGACGUUGCCAAUCUACUCAUCCCAUUCGGAUUUCAAUAUUUGGACGAAAACAUCUACAUUAGUCCUAAGAUGCGCAUGGCCUUUGUGCUCAUGCCGACUGUGCAAGACAUGCAAAACAUCAUCAGAGCUAGAAAGAAGAUCAGCUUUGUUCUCAAAAAGUCUGCACUUCUUUUGAAGCCCUUGAACUACGCCCUUCCAAUGAAUCCAAUUGGAUUUUAUAAAUCUAUCAUGAAAAAAUUGCCUUAUCAGGAGAUGACUGAUGACGGAUCAGCAAUAAUCUACAUCAAGAACAUCUCACAAAGGGAAGCCAAGGAUCUCAGAAAAGCUUUGGAAAAGAUUGAUUCUGUGAAAAACUAUCUGCCUUUUCUCAACAAGGUGUUUGUCGAAUUUAAUUCAAUUUAUGAUGCUGAUCGACUCGGAGUUUGGUACAGCCUCCUCAGACGGGGCUUUUGCCACACGGUGUACAGGUUGAAGAUACCACGAAUUGAAAGCACAUCACAACCACCCAGACUGGCAUCCAAAGCAUUGCCAGACACCAAGGAUGUUACUGAAGGGGCAGUUGUCCCAACAGCAAAUUUUGGUGUUCCACAGGGAAGCACUUCACCAUUUUGGGUCACGAUGACCACUUAUCCCUUUGUGUUCCCUACCGUCUCCCCUUGGUUCAUCAUCCCAGAUUUUUUGACUGUCAAUGGACUAAAUGACAUUGAGAAAGCUCAGCCUCAAGGUUCUAGGUUCUCCACAAUCAUGUUGACUGGUUUGCCAGAAGAAAACUACAAGUGCGAGGACAUCACCAGGCUGGUGCAGCAUUAUUUCCUGGAUACUGUACUGUUCUACAACUUGAUAGUAAUGCCUCUGCAGAGGAGGGCUUUUGUGUUUUUCAGUGACUGGAAUGCGUGCUGUGAUUUUGUCCAAGAUCACAUUAAAAAUCCAAUUUCUGUUGGAGGCCGGGUGCUCGACAUCCAUUUUGUGUUACAGGACAUGCAUCCUGGGACCAGUCAGGAGACAAUGUACAGAACCAUGAUGAAAUGGAGCAAUGCUCACGUUCCAGAUUCAGACUCUCUGGAGGAGCGACUGCUGUGUGUGGAGACCACUGAAAUGCUGAUGCCCCUUGUCACAAUGGUCAUGGAUGUGGUGGCAUCCUUUGCUGCUUUUGUCAGAUUCCUGCCGCUUGCCAACAGGAUAUACAUUGAAAUGGCUGAAUCCAGUGGUGUAACAAAAGUGUUGGAGAAUAUCUUCUCAAGAGACUACAUAGCUAUGAACAAGAUGUGGAGCAAAGUUGGACGCAUUGAAUCUUUGAAGAGCCUCAAAGAGUGUCUACAAGACUUCAGUGAGAACACACCCAACUCUGACCUGGACACUCACUUUGUUGAAUUUCACAAUUUCACAAGAACUAUUCAAGGAAGCAGUACACAGAGCGAGGAUAAAGAUGAUUUUGUAGAUGAAAUUGUGUCUUCAGAGCAACAUGAUGAAAAUUUCAGCAUGGAGGACUUUGUUGUUAUUGAUGAAAUUGGUGAAGACAUAGCAGAAGAAGAUGUCAACCGCAAACGUUCUUCUUUAUCUAAAAAGAUCUCCAGAGAGAAAAGAGAAGGGCGAAGCUCAGAUGCGUCAUCUACCUUAAAACAGACCUUAACAAGGUCCUCAAAAGACUCUAAGAGCUCUGCCUCUUCAUUUUCCUCUUUAUCUGAGCCGACUGAAACCACUGAGAAAAGCAACUUUUCUUCUAGGGUCAGAAAGACCCGUUCUUCACUGUCGAUUCCACUUCCUGCCUCCCCUGAUCGGAAAACGUAUCCUAAGUUCAAAUCUCCAGAAGAAACGCUAAAUUCCUCAUCCUUAAAUGAUAAAACCUGUACAUCAAAGAUGGCAUCAACAGUAGCUGUUGAAGCAACAGUAGAGACUGAUCUAACCGAUUUUAAGGAUGACACAAAAGAGUUGAAGAAAAACAAAAGAGAAGACAGGAAAAAGGAUAAUGUCAAACAUCAAGAGGAUGAGGGGGAUGAUGAAAAUGACCAAAUCCUUGAUUCACUCAAUGAGAAAAGUGAUAAGCAGAUAAUUGAAGACAGGAACAAAGAUAACGACACGGAAACUGACUCAGCUGGACUUGUGCAAGUACAUGAGGUCUGCACAGAGGGCUCCAGUAAAAUGGAAACAGAUGCUUCUCUCCAUAUGUUAAAAAUUGUUACAGAAGACCAAAAAACUACAGUUGAAGGGGACAGUCAUAUGGUCAAAGAUGAAGGUUCCACAGUAAAUAAGCUGUCUGAGGAAAUGACAGGAGAUGACAAUUCUGAUAAAGAUUCAGCUGAUAAAAAUGAAGUGUUGGAUUCAAGCGGGAACCAAACUCCAAGGACCAGUGGAGAUGGAAGCGGGGAAAAAGAGGAAUUGAUUUUAGAAGAAUCUUUUAAAGUUUCCAAAGAUCCUGACGAAAUAACUUUAGAAAAGCAGGACAACAGAGGCUCCUCAGUGGGUGACACUAAACAAGAAGGCUUUGAGCUUUUGGAUUCAAUUGAGGCUCAGAUUGAAAUACAAGAAGACAACCAAAAACUGGAAACUCUCAGAGACCAAGUAUCUAAACCAAAAACAGAAGCCAUAGAAGAACAGGAUGAUUCAUUCCAGGUAAUUGAUUCUGUGGAAGAUGAGCCAGUGACCACAGACACAGAGUUAGAAGCUGACAAGAAUGUAAAACGAACAAAGAAAAAUGAUGAAGCUAAAAGAGUUUAUAGAUCCCCAAGAAGGAGUCGACCAGAAAACAGAACAUCUAAGGGUGAAGAGAAGGGCAAAUCAUCAAAGAAACAGACCCAGACUGAGAGAAAUGACAGCACCGUCAAGAAGGUCAAUAAAGCAGCUGAGGAGAUGGUCUAUGAGAUAGUAGAUUCUGUUGAAGAUAAAUCGAUUCAGGAUGACUCUUCUAUAGAAAGUUCUGGUAGAAGAAGGUCUGUCAGAAGAAACAAUGAUAAAAAGACAUUAACAGAGCCUUUUAACAAACGUGAUGGAAAAGAGGAUGCUAAGUAUGAGAUUUUAUACUCCACUGAGAACAAGGCUUCUAGCAGCCCACUAACCAUCAUGACAAGAACAACCAAAGAAGUCUUGAAAAAAGACAACAUACGAACAAGAAGCAGAUCUACACCUGCCAGAGAUUCACUGGCGCCAAACAAGGAGGAAACUCCAAAGACAAAAGAGAAAGGACCUGUAAAAAAGAGCACGCCAACAAGGAGAAGUCACUUCAUAAGAGACCUACAUGAAGAGGACGAUAUUUAUAAAAUAUUGGACUCGGAUGAUUCUGUUAUGCUCACAGAAAAAGCAAAAAGGGGAAGACUAAAGAAAGUAACUAUAAAAAGAAAUCCACUGAAAGAUGAUCCGUCUGAUAAAGUAGCUGUUGAAGAGGACACAUAUCAAAUUCUUGACUCUGUUGAGGAUGAGAUAGCCGAUGAUCAGCUUACCAGAGACCAGAGUACAGAAGAGUCAACUAUAGAUGAUGAAAAAGGCACUCUGCCGUCUGUGUCAGACUGCCAAGAUAAUCAAUCACUGGAGUCCCCAAACCCAAAGGCUUUUGUGACUAUAGAUGAAGCAGGUGAUGACGGGGAGGAGAAAGCAACUGAAUAUGAAGAGGAGAAUGGGAGCUUUGUAACGGUUGAUAAACCGUGGGAGAUUGCUGAAAAAGAAAAAGUGGUAACAACCAGGACAAGCGGUCAAGCCAAGAAGAGAACAAGACAGACACAUGUGAGAAAAUCUACUAGAUUGAAGCAAGAAAGCACAAAAGAUGAGAGAACAGAAUCACUGCCUCCCUCUUCACUUGAUUCCUUAUCACUCUUAUCAUCCCCGGACCAAGUGGUGUCUGGAUUGUCAAGUGAAGGCCAAACAGAGAUUUGGAAAUUGGAGGAAGCAGAUAGACAAUCCAGUAUGGAAACCACAUCUGCUGGGGAGCAGUCCAGCUCUGACUAUGCUGAUAGCCAGAGACUAGGAGAGGAGAAGCAAGGACAGAGAAGGACCGCCCGUAAAGCUUUUGGGAAACAAAGAAGUGAUCUUGUCGAACCUGAAGCAAAGCGAUCUCCCUCUCAGUCUCCUUGUGUCACUGAUAACUUGGACCUGCCGCCUUUUAACCCCAGUAUCCCCCUUGGUCAAGAGCAUGUUGUCCCUAAAACGGGGUAUUUAUGUAGCCUGUGCUCAGUUUUCUACGUAGCUGAGAGCACAGCCAAAGACCUACACUGUAGAAGCCAGAGACACUACAAUAACCUGCAGAAACAUUACCAGACACUUGAACAAACAGCUUCAAGAACAUCAACGAGAAAGUCUCAAGACUCCUCUUCGGUCUAAUUGUUAAUGAGUGGUUAUUUAACCCAUGCUUAAAUAUGGCCGCUGUCUCCUUUGACAGCUAGAUUUUUGUUGAUUUUGAGAAAUAAAGGGCAAAAUGAUAAGAAGCCAAAGCUGUCAAGUAGGUAAAUUGCGGAGUGACAUCUUUGAUUUGUUGGCACGACACUGCAGUUCUGACUGUUUACUUCAGAUGUUCUUCUUUAGGCGCCUCAGUGUAUAACAGUGUCGACAGUUUGACCAUGAAGGAUUUAGAGUUUACAAUCAGUGAAUGCCAAAAAAAACAUUUCUGUUCCUAGUCUCGGGAAAACCUGGAAAUAACACAGGCCUUAAACUUCUUCAAGCCAUUUUGAAUUUAACAGUAGAUAAUUGUGUCUAUGGUAAAUAACCUUGCCUAUGUUUAAAACCAUAUUGUCAUAAAAAUAUGGUUGCGUGUGUGUGUGUGUCUAUGGCCAGGAACCAUGUAUUCUAAAUGAAAGUAGGCCUACUUAAGAAAAUAAUAAGAUAGAUAUUUUUUUUUACACUCUGGCUCAGCAAAAUCUGAUUAUUAUGCUGCACAUGCUGAUGAGAGACCAAUGGACGAAUGAGUGUUCAAAAGUUAUUUUGGAUUUAUUUACAAUGCUAUACGUACAGUGUAAAUUUGAGUGCAUUUAAUAAAGAUGUUUUCAGAUGUGAGGAGGCCUCAGGGUUGACCCAGGACACGCUAGAGAGAUUACAUGCCUAGGGUGGCUGGUUCUGUUUCUAUGCCAGUUAUUUAUAUUUGGUCAAAAAUAAUUCUGAUUGCUUUCAUUGUAUGACUUAUACCAGUAAUAAUAAUUAGUAUUAAUUACAAACACUGUUAUCUUUUAAAGAAUCAUUUGGAUUACAGUUUGAGCAAAGGCUCAAGCAUAUGUUACAAAAUAUGAAAAUUAUUUAUGUUUGUAACAUUAAUAGCAAUAUAGUAAUCUGCCGUAAAAGGUUGAUAGAGCUGUGCUACAUUGACCCCGGAGGUCAAUAUUUUUUUUCCUUCAGAUGACAUUAAUGAUAUGUCAUAAUGUGAUUUAAGAAAAAAUACAUUUUGCCAGUAUUAUAAUUUUUGCUGUUAAGAUUGCUUCUUACAGUAAAUUAAUCUUGGGGUCCAUGUUUGUUAACUUUGUAAUGUCUCUUAACUUGUUCAAAAGUGUUUGCGAAAAAGAAAAAUUAUUUGGGUUAAACAAUAAUUAACAUAUAACAAUAAGAAACAAUAAUUAACAUGUCACUCAUGUCAGUGCAGUGUUCUUCGCUUAUGUUAGGCAUGCAAGAUUUAUGAAGGAGACUUGGAGAGAUGAUUCCAGAGAGAGGGUCAGCAGUUCAACACCCCACACGUGUGAGUGUGAGUGAGUGAGCAUGUGGGAAGAGAGAGUGUGUCUGUGUGUGUGGGGGGGGGAGGAUGUUCUGUCAGAGUUCACUGUUAGAUGAUUUCUGAGCAGACUGGCUGGGUAAUCUCAAGUUUUCCACUUUUCGAGUAUCAUUUUGUCAUAUUUGUGCUGGAAGAGGGAGCCAUGUUGGAGAUACUUUACAGCUUUGAAUAUCAUUAAGCCACCAGGCUGCGGUCUCCCACUGAGGAAGUGGUGAGUAAACAAAUGCAUUUCAAUUCCACGUGAGGAUUCACAUUUUGUGUUAUGAUACGGGUUGCGAUGGGAGCCACAGCCUUCAUCCAUCUGCCUUGUAGACUGCAACUUUUUAGACUGUGAUUGUAGUGUGUAGAAAAAAAGUAUAGCAUUUAUUUGCAUAAAUGGGCUAAAUACCUAAUGGAAAACUUACAGAAAUUAUUAUUUCUAUUGGAGUAACAGAAAUAAUAAAUAAAUAUUUAUGUUAAGUGUGUCUUUAGAAAAAGUUGGAAUGUAAUUUUUUUUUUUUUGUUCUGACAUUUACUCAGGUGUUUCAAAUGUAACAGAAUGAAAAUGCACUUGCACACUGAACAAUAAAAUGUUAUUAUUUUUUUCCA